GAACAGUACAGAUGGCGUUCAGUUCGCUUUGUAAUAGUCAGUGCUACACACGUGUGUUUAUCCGAACGCACCAUCGCAACAAGACUGAUCGGGUGCCAUCAUUAAUUCUCAUUGCGCAUGCGAUUUCAUUGUGGAGCGCUUGUUUACUACGUGACUUAGUUUUUCAUUUUAAAACAUGGUUUCACAUACCUAGUGUUUUUAAAACUUACGUGCAUUCCAAUCAUUAGUUAAAGACUUGUGUGUUUUAUAAUAAAAGCAUCAAAAUGAGUGGAAAUAAGAGGAUCAAUUUCGAUACAAAGAUCACGGAAGACGAGAACAUCGAUUCUGGUUUUCUGUCGGGACCUUUGGACGUGUACCCAGGAGAUGAGGAGGAUAAGGAGGCGGAGCGCCAGUCCGCCAGUGAGGAUAAGAAAGUGUUGAGUGAUAGUGCAGUACAGCCUAGCGAUAGCGAGCUCGACAGUGGUAUUCUGUGUUUAUCGGAGUGCCUCUCGGGCGUGCAGCUCACUGACACGCAGACCCCACACAUCGCGGUCUCUCCGCCAGAACAGAAGAACCUCCCACCUAUCGUCAUAUUCUUCCAACAGGACGCUGAUGGCGAUACACAGUUACACAUAGCGUCAGUCCACGGCUGCGAGAAGUCAGUAGGAACACUCAUAAGGGUGUGUCCAAACAAAGCGCUGUUAGACGUAGCCAACGACGACGGGCACACGCCCCUGCACCUGGCAGUGAUGAGCGGGAACGCCGUGGUCACCAGGAUGCUGGUGCACGCGGGCCUGUCGCUCGGGGCGCGGGACAGGAAAGGAGAAACCCCCCUGCACAAAGCCACCACAAAAGGACACAUUGAAUGCCUACAAGCGUUACUCGCGCCUGUGCCAGAACAUCCUAGGACUAAGUUAUCAUCAGUACUCGACCAAAAGAACUAUAAAGGACAAGCAUGCGUACAUCUCGCGGCGACGUCAGGGAACAUAGAGGCACUGCAGACGCUCGUCUAUUACGGCGCUGACAUCAAUCUAAGGGAGAACCUAGCGGGCUCGACAGCGCUGCACAUAGCGGCGCGGCGCGGCGACGCGCGGCUGGCGCAGUUCCUGCUGGAGCGCGGCGCGGCGCCGCAGCCGCGCGACUACGCGUCGCGCACGCCGCGCCGCCUCGCGCGACACAACGCCGCCGCGCGCGUCUUCACCAACCUCUCCGCAGACGACUCCGACUCCGACACCGACGACGAUGACGAUAUGUACGACAGCGACAGCGGCGACAGUCUGUUCGAGAGGUUGCGGGAGAGCAUGAGCUCCAACAACGUCAACCUGAAGGGAUGUUGCUAGAGCAGCGCGCAGGCGGGGCGACGCCCGGCAGCACACUCGCGCCGCCCGCCGCCGGACACUACUCGAUAACACCACUACAGCGCUUAGUUACUAUUCCCCAAAACACUCUACCGUGUCGGGUUGUCCUAGAAACAUUUUGAUCGAUUGUAGUCAAGUAUAAUCAAAUAGAUCUGAACAUUAUUUCCUUGCUUGUCGUUCAUGCUUGGACUAUUCGGGAGCUUAGACUAUUCAAAACUAAACUUGAGUACAAAGUAUUGGUUGCUAUUUAUAUUAAUGAUGCCAUAAAACCCUGUAGUGACCUACUUGAAGACAAACGGUUACAGCGAGUCUGUCCUUGAUUGUAUCUAUGCAAUUAUCGGAACAGGUUUUCCCAACCGUAACUGUAACAUAAUCAUAGUUAUAUUGACUGUCUGACUAGAACGUAAGGGCAGUGCGCCCUCAGUAACAAUAUGGCUACGUGAAGGACAAGUUAGUAGUGCACAGUCUAAGCUCCGUGAGGCGAGGAUUUAGUCUUCACUCUCAUUUGUAAAUAUAACCGAGGGGAGAAGACAUGUUGCACGGUCAGGAAAUACGCUCCACGGUACACAAUGAUGGGAAUUUUCCGGAUAAUAUUAUAUGAAGUUAUAUUUAUACGGAUUUGCCCUCUAAUUUGUUUCACGGGACAAUUGUAUUUCAUGUAGUGAUUGGGAAUUUGAGACUGGUCCACGCAAUGUGGAAUUACCCAACGCUGUGUACAGUGGAACACGAAAUAGUUUUAAGUUAUUUUUAAGCCUCAUGUACAGUCGCGGAAAGAAUGUUAAGUUUAGAAAAUUAUUUAAAUAGUGUGUACCUGUAAAAAUCUGUUAUUUGUAUAUUUAUUAGAGUCGAAUAAAUGUUGAUUACGAUAUAAAUUUGGUAUUUUAUUAUUCUGUUCUACCUACUGAUGUUCUUUCCGCGACUGAACAGGUAACUGUCAUAUUGAUAAAAUUGCCAACGUGGCUGUUUUUUAUGAAUAUUGCAGUUCUAAAAGUUAAGUAAAGCUGAAAAAUUCAGCUUACCCCUAGGUUAACCAUCCGACUUUAUAAUGAGAUGAGCCAAAAUCACUUCUAUUAUAAAGAGAUAAAGUUCGAAUGUUAAUCGUCGGACAAGCUGGGUUUACAUGUCUUCCUUCGGUAAAUAGUAUAAUUUUGUUACAAUAAUGGAUGAUAUAUAAAUCAAUAGAAAACAUCCGGGUUAAAAUGUAUAAACUAAAAACAAAGCUGUUUACAAAACAGAUAUUCGUAAUCUUUUGUCUUGAUUGGUGAACAUGGCGGUCUGUUUUAAAAUUAUAUAAUGAUAUAAUUAUUACGUUCAAAAUAAUAUCUAUAUUGAGCGUAAGACAAUUAUGAAACUACACUAUGCAAGCCUUGCCCUAACUUUCUCGUGAAAGUAGGUAUCAAGGCUUGGGCUCCAGUAAACUUUGGGGAUAUGGCCGACCGUGUUACAACUUAGUUUAAAGUUUAAUUAGCGUCCCUUAUUAACUUUACAUAUAAAUAGUAUAAUUCAGUGAAACUCAGUAGUUGUGUGGUUCACUAUCGAUAUAACACCAACGGUUUUUUCCGAUGUCACACACAUAUGAGAUUGCACAGCUAAGUGUGCUCACUGUACUUUGUCUUAGACUUAUAGUUUGUGUAUUAACAGACUAUAUCCCAUAUUAGUUGAUGCAAGUUUUUGACGCCGCGUAGGCGUAGCGGGUCGACAGAUAAGCAAGUCAUGCCAAAUAGGAGUAACGUAUAUAUUCGUAGUAGUAAGGACUAGUAGUAAAUAACUAUGUAACCGAGGGUUGCUGUCUGACGCCCGAGCCCGCGGCGACACUGCGAUCAACGUGCGCAGUCCAGCUGCUGACCGUCUGACUGAUAUAUACAAGUUAUGCUGUUAACAGCUUCUUAAGUAGAUUAUACGUAUUCUAUUAUAUAUCGUAGUACUGCAGUAUGUUUGGUCCAGGCUAUAAGCUCUUACUCAACUUCGCUAGUCUAAAAGCUGCCCAACGAUCUUCCCAAAGUAGAAACGACGCUGUGAUAUGCUUUUAUUACAUUUUGACGUUUUUUUUCUUUAUUGUAUUUUAACAGUUAGUGCGAGGUAAUGAACGAAGUCAGACGCUCAGUAGCAGUGACUUGCUCUACUACAACUUAUUAGGAAGUAAAUGUAAUGUAUAGUAUUUGGAAUCAAUGCAUGUUAUGUAAAAAUAUAUAAUUAUAUAAAAAAUAGCGUAAAAUAACUAAGCGCAAAAUACUUAUUUUAAAAUAUUGUUGUCAGUUUUAUAUAUCGAUAAAUACAAAUUAUAACAAA